AUGAGAUUCCCGACAGCUUAUGCUCAUAUUCCUUGUCCAUCUGGAACUGCUGCCAGUGGUCAAGGGUUCCCUUAUACAUUUUCAGCAAUGCUGCCAAGAAAAACUCGACGGGAAAGAACCACAUUCAAUCGACAGCAACUGGAAGUGCUGGAAAAAUUGUUUGCAACUACACAUUAUCCAGACGUUUAUGCUCGAGAAAAGAUUGCCAAUGAGAUACAAUUACAGGAAAGUCGUAUACAGGUAUGGUUUAAAAACAGGCGAGCGAAACAUCGGCAACAAGAAAAACAAAAACCAAAAGCCAAUUGUUCACCAGGUUCAACCAGUUUGGCAAGUAAUAACUCAAGUAACAGUACUACUACCGAAACUAAUCUUAGUGGUGACAAAACUAUGCGCUGCAACCCCGGAACCAAAGACUGUAGUUUACGACAGGAUACACUAUCCAUAUCGUCAGCACCAACGCACGCAACGGCUCCGCUAACAGUACCGCAAAUGAAUCACACUUCGUUGCAAUAUUACCAGGAUUUCAACAACUAUUUUUACGGCGGAGCUUACUGUCCUAUGAUAGAUACACCACAGGUCUACCAUAAUCCCUAUUCUAGUGGCUAUCAUCAGGCUGCAGUAUCUGCUUAUGGUCAACCACCGCCAGCAGCUUAUCCUGCGAAUCCGUACUUUUUCGGCACCUGUUAA